AUGGCUCCAAGGAAGAGAGACACGAAGGCGGUAGCGAGGUCCCGUGCGGCAGAACCACGACGUUCGGGUCGUGCUGCUGCUAGUUCUGCCGAUGUAGCAGAACAGUUGGGUCUCGCCAUGUCGACCCCAAAAUCCGAAACGAGCUCACGAGCUAGAACCCCAAGAAGGCCUGCAGCUAGAGGGAAAUGGAGCGAGGAGCAGCUAUUGACGAGUGACAAGUCCCUCCUCAUUGACUUUGAUCUAGUGAAACUGCUAGCACGACCUGAAGCAUGGAAUUGCCUUGAGGAAAGCGAUAAGCGCGAAAUCCUCGCUCUACUUCCCCCAGAUGUUCACCCGGACGCACAAGCUACAUCAGAUGACCCAGACGCAAAAAUACAACCCAUCCCCGACUCUUUUAUCCGCUAUUCAAACAAUUGGCGCGACGGCGUUCGACAGUUCCAGCUCGACCUUCAAAACGGUCGCUACGACCCCGAAUGGCUACACCAGGCCCAGGAAGCCAGAGAGCAGCGCGAAAACGGCGACUUUGACGACUUCAAAGAGCGCGAAUAUGAGCAGUUCUGGGGACAGAAGCAGAAAGUCAUCUGGAAUGCACCUGCUGGAGAAAGUGCGCGUGUGAAGAUGGGAACUCUUAUCGAUGAAGGUGUCAUCCAGCUAGGCGACAUCUGGAAAUUCUACUAUGUUUAUGGUAGAGGUCCCGGUAGAAUUGUCAUCGAAAAGGAAGUUAGGGUCCAUGACCGUAAUGGGUUUAAAGUUGAGGACCCAGAAUCACAGGUCACCAACGCAGUCUCCAAUGGUGAGGAGAUGAAGCUCGAUACCGAUCCAGCGCCACAGGAGAUUACCGCACCUUCCAAUGACGAGAUAAAUCCUGAACCCAGCCAAGCACCACAGGAGACCCCUGCUUCUUCUAAUGACGAGGAAAUGAAGCUUGAAAAUGGCCGAGCGCCACAAGAGAUCCCUGCAUCUUCCACUGACGAGAUAAAUCCUGAACCCAGCCAAGCACCACAGGAGACCCCUGCUUCUUCCACUGACGAGAUAAAUCCUGAACCCAGCCAAGCACCACAGGAGACCCCUGCUUCUUCCAAUGACGAGGAAAUGAAGCUUGACAAUGGCCGAGCGCCGCAUGAGAUCCCUGCAUCUUCCACUGACGAGAUGGAUAUCGACACCGACACCGCCACACAGCCAGUCAUUUCACCUUCAAAUGACGAACAGAGCCAACAAGAAACCCCAUUCAGCGUGAUUAUUUUCAGCCCAGGUGGGACGCGAAAUCAAAAGCCCAAGCGCACAAUUCCUGAGCCAGAACCUCAACCCCCAGUGAAACGCAAGCGAGGCCGACCACCGAAACGCAAGCCAGGCCGACCACGUGAAAACCCACCAAAGCAACCCGAACCGGAGCCGCCCAAAGAACCGGAGGUGUCUCAGGAAAUAGAAGUGUCCCAAAGCAAUGAGCAGAACCCAACUGCUCUUUCUGUCAUGGACAUCGUGACUGCAAAGAUUGAAGAAAACUGCAGAGCUGCAGCAGAAUUAUCCCACCCAAAGACCGCGCAGCCAGAAUCCCCUUUGUCUGUGCUUUCUUCCACCCCUGAGCCCCCAGCGCUCAUUGCGCGAGAGUUAUCUACAUCAAUAGAGGAGUCAUCCAUUGCCAAUACCAACGGCAAAAAUGAUAGAGCGGAAUUACUGGGAUUAUCCACAGCUCAGUCCAGCACACCUAUGGACAGCGUCGAGGCACCUGUUGAGGCACCCGUUGAGGCUGAGCAGCACGAAAUCAAUAAACCCCCAAGUACUGAACAACAGAAAGAUCCAGUCCCAACUCCAUCUCAAACUACUACUAGUGAGCCGGACGAGAUCAUCGUUCCCAAUCUCGCUUCGCCACAAGCGCUCGUCUUGAAGAUUCUACAAAUCGAUGGCCGCAUGCCGAACGGCCGUACAGCGAAUGCCUGGAAGGAAAUUCGGUGCUACCGAAACAACCAGGACAUGGGCAGCCUCUUUGAUGUGCGAGAGGCUUGGUUCGUCCAGCAUGGACGACUUGAGUAG